AGGAAAUAUAGAGAUGCUGUAAGGGCGGAAGUGCUCUCCUGCCCUCUCGUUUUGUCACGUCCAGGUCCUUAGCACGAAGGCAACAUAGAUACAACCAUACGGAAGCCGAGAGGAGACGGCGAGCGGCGAGGACCAAACCUCCGGACCCGCGUUCUACUGAAUGACUGCAGCGGCCUGGGUGAGAGGAUAUACCCUGUAUAUACUGACUGUGUGAGGGAGCUGGGAGUAUGAAUCAGCAAAUGUGGUGUUACUAGGACCCAGAAGACACCUUGCUGAACAGGGAAGGAGUAUAAGAAAUGCUCUGUAACCCACUUUACUUACUGACGGUGACUUCUGUGUGCAGGAACACACGUGCAGCGCUGACAAUGUCCUCUGCCCCCGAUGUGUUAGCCAGGCUGGUGGCCUCUACGUACGCUGUCGCUGAGAAAGCUGGAACCAUCGUCAGAAAUGUCAUGAGUGCCGGAGACCUGGGUAUAGUGGAAAAGACUGGAGCCAAUGACCUGCAGACUGCGGCUGACCGCCUGGUGCAGCAGAGUAUAUGCUGGUCUUUAGCACGGAAGUUCCCUUUGAUAACCAUCAUAGGAGAAGAGGAUCUGCCCGCUGAAGACGUUGAAGAAGGACUGAUAGAAAGCGGACAGUCAGAAGAAAUACUGCAGUCAUCUUUCCCGUCACAGUACAGCAGCAUUAAAGAGGAAGAGCUGGUCGUCUGGGUUGACCCGUUGGAUGGCACAAAGGAAUAUACAGAAGGUCUUCUGGACCAUGUAACUGUCUUGAUUGGGAUUGCGUAUGAAGGAAAAGCGAUUGCCGGGGUGAUAAACCAACCCUACUAUAAUUACCAGGCCGGUGACAGCGCGCUGCUGGGAAGGACUAUUUGGGGUGUGUUGGGCCUCGGAGCGUUUGGUUUUCAGCUGAAAGAAGUCCCGGCAGGCCAGCACAUUGUCACCACCACCAGGUCUCACAGCAGCAAGCUGGUGAAUGAUUGUAUCGCCGCUAUAAACCCGGACAAGGUCGUGCGCGUGGGAGGAGCCGGAAACAAGAUCAUCCAGCUAAUUGAGGGUCAGGCUUCGGCCUAUGUGUUUGCCAGCCCCGGCUGUAAGAAGUGGGACACGUGUGCACCUGAGGCGGUCCUGCACGCUGUGGGAGGCAAGCUGACGGAUAUCCACGGGAACCCAUUUGAGUAUCACAAGGAUGUGAAGCACAUGAACUCGGCCGGGGUUCUUGCGACUCUGCGGAACUACAACUACUACUUCUCCAGGGUCCCGGAUUCUGUGAAACAAGCACUGGUGCCCUAAGCUUGAAUGGUCCCCUGUCUCUCAGCCACCCUGGGGUGACAGUAUCUGGCUGCUAGAAAUUACUGGAGGCACCACCGAAGCCUCAGACCCUGAAUGUCCUUCCACAUUAUUAUAGAAAUAUUAUUUUUUUUAGUUUUUUUUAAAUCUUUUUCUCAAGGGACCAAUUGACAAAGGGUCAAAACCGUGUAACAUUCUGUCUUUAUAUUGUUACCAAAAUGAUUAAAGUAAUCUUUCUACCAUCCUG